UAAUUGCAAGGAUACCGUUGCAAAUCGGAGCCCCCGUGUUGUCAAAACAACCAUACGCAGUCGUUAUAGGCCAUUUUCGUGGCCAUGGCUCGUGCGGCUAGGCUCCACUCACUUCUCUCUUUGCAAGCUCUCUAUCCCACUCUGACUCGUCGGUCGACUUUUUCAGCCGACUUCUUCCAGCUCAGUUGUUUAUGCUCAACCGGCCGGCUGUUCUCCUCCAUGAACGCCUUGAAACCUCCAUUAAAGCCGGUCCUUGCGCAGGCUAAGCGAGGCUUUUCUGUCAACGACGACGACGUAGCUUCUCCUGAUGAUCUUCGAUAUGAGGCACCGCUCAGAAUCGUGGAAUAUCCAGACCCAAUACUGAGAGCGAAGAACAAGCGGAUAGAGUCGUUCGAUGACAAUCUAAAGAAGUUAGUUGGUGAUAUGUUCGAUAUAAUGUACAAAACCGAUGGAAUUGGGCUGUCGGCACCCCAAGUAGGAAUUAAUGUUCAACUUAUGGUCUUUAAUCCAGUCGGCGAACGCGGUGAAGGAGAGGAAAUUGUUCUUGUAAAUCCAAGAGUUAACAAAUAUUCAAAGAAAAUAGUGCUCUUUAAUGAAGGUUGCUUAUCUUUCCCAGGGAUUUAUGCUGAUGUAGAGAGACCAGAAACUAUAAAGAUUGAUGCAAGAGACAUAAAUGGUGCAAGAUUUUCAGUCAGCUUGUCAGGUCUUCCUGCACGGAUUUUCCAGCAUGAAUUUGAUCAUUUGCAGGGUGUACUGUUCUUCGAUCGAAUGAGUGAUGAAGUUCUUGACACUAUUCGUGCAAAGCUACAGGCCUUAGAAAAGAAGUACGAGGAUAAGACAGGAUGUCGUAGUCCUGAAAAGAUUGAAACCCGCCAAAGUAAGAAAGUUGCUGUUGGUUUUGGAAAAGGAAAACCACGAUGAUAAAUGGCUUGACAUGAACAUCAGGCUUUCCAUAUAAAUUGAAGCAGUUUAUAUUCUUUGGCUGCUUGCUUAAUUAGAAAUGUUAGCUGAAUGCUGGCUUGAUGUUGAACUUGUUACUUACGCAAACCUUCUUACUUAAAGAAAAAGUUUGGACACAUGAAAUGUGAAAUGAGUUAGAUGAAAAAGAUUAUAUUUACAAGUUGUCAGUGCUAGAGAGUUGUCCAACCCACUUAUUCUCUAUGGGAAUGUCUAAGGUACUAUUAAUUGUAUUUGUGAAUGUCAAAGGAAGCUUUGUUCAAAGAGUCUAAAGGAGAGAAUUGGAUUCUGAUUUCCUAUCUGUGAUUGUUAGCAAACCGAUUAUGAGUUGGCAGUUUCUAUGAGUCUCUGUAUCUCAUAUUUCAACUAAUCUAUGUUUGUUUAUUUUAUUA